AUGGGUAUGUCUGCUGUACCGCGCGCACUUUUUGCAUUACUGGACAAAGUGGCAGAGCUGCUGAAUCCUCCACAAGGGCGCUCCAUCAACAAAUCAGAUGUGCGACAGUUCGCUGAUCCUGAGCGACGCCUGCAGUUGGCAUCUACAACACAUGACAUUUCGAUGCUCUCUUCUGGCAUUUCAACCAUGCAGGAACUUGUGUGCCAGAUUUGUGUAACACUUCAUUCGCAUUUAACAUCCGACAUGAAUCUCGAUGAUUUGCUGGACAAAUUGCGGAGUCGAUUUGCACGUUUACGGGGCGCUUUCAUCUAUAUGUGUGAGCAUAUUGCAAUCAACGGAGCUGUAAUAUGGCAUAUCGAGCUGGCUCGCGUUAUCAACUAUAUGCUCGAGAAAGAAUGUAACGCUUUCGUACGGCAUCCGGUAUGCUUCUUUACAGUUUCAAAUCUGAAUGCAAAUCAAGCCAUCAUGAUGGGUGAUUUUUCAAGUUUCAGUAAUCUUUGGUGUAUAAAGGUUUUUCAAAAAAAUUAA